GAGCCGCAGCCACAGCCCCCGGGACAGGAGGCUCCGCGCUCCUCACACGGGACGCGCGCAGAGUUUUGCGCUCGGAACAAGCGACAUGGACCCGCGAGGGACCGACGGCUCGGGGGGGCGGACACUUCGUCCCCGGGGACGGUAAAGGGACCGACGGCUCGGGGGGGGCGGACACUUCGUCCCCGGGGACGGUAAAGGGACCGACGGCCCGGGGACGGUGGAACCACGCGGACACGUCGAAGAUGCGUCCUGGCACCGCGCUGGCGCUGAUCUGCGCCCUGGUGUUUUCACCGCAGCUGGAAUGUGCCACGACCUGUCAGAAGUCCCAUCGUGAUGGUCGUGCCGAGGGACGCUGUCCUGUGGAGCUGACCCCUGCAGCUCCGUCCCUGCAGCCCGGGGACAUGUACUCCGAAUGUGUCGCUCUCCGUGUGUGGAUCAGGGCUGAUGACUUCUGUAAGGCCGCGAAGAUUGAAAUUCUCUCACCGUAUAAGGAGACAAUUUGGCCGACCCUGAAGAAGAGGAGACACAAAAAUAAGUGUCUCAAUGAAAGACAUCCAGGUGAAAACAGAAUCUGGUGCUACACACAGCAGAUACAACAGAGCAAUACCAGUUUUUCCUGGUGGGAGCUUGUAUAUGAUUGUGUCAAGGCCGAAGCAGGAAGUGUUGUGUCUGUGUCCUACAACACAACAUCAUCAGGCUGCACUGACAGCUACACGGUGCCAGAUCCUGUACCAGAGUUCGAUCUGUCUGUGAAUCGCUCGUCGAAAUCCAUCACUGUAACCGUGGAGCUGGGAGAGAAGGUGCACACCAGAUGGUGUUACCGACGAAAUGCAGAGGCGUGCAUGGACGGGUCAGCCUCCCCCCAACUCACUAUUGAUCCAUCUCAGUCUCGAUUGGCUGUUCUUAACAUCCCUUACAUGCUGCCCUGUGUGUGCAUACAGGUAUAUUACACUUUCAGAGAUGCCUGUCGAGAUAAUAAGUGUCCCCUUCAAAAGGAAGGACUCACAGAUAUCGAAGAUGUCUGGCGCUCCUCCGAAGUCACACUGUACGAGUCGGCUGUGAAGUGGAGCUCGGUGUGUCCCGCCAGCGGCAUGAAUAUCUCCGCCCUCCUCUGCUGGAAGCAACGCGAACACCUCUGCAUCCCUGUAGUCGCCUCCACACUGGAGAAGAUGGAGGAUGGACCCAACCUGAAAUUCAACACAUCCACAGUGGACAAACACCCUAAGAUGUGUGUGCAGUUUUCUCUACAAGGCAGCCAUAAUAUAUCGUGUCCCUUCCAGGCUGAUAUGACUUCAUGGGAGGUGCAUAUUGGAUCAGGGAGGCAGAGGGUGUUCGUAUAUCUCACCUCUUUUGCACCGGCCACGUUCUCGAUUCAGCUUUGUGUCGUUAACAAGAUGGGAUGUGAAGCCAUAGGCCCAGUCCACACAAUAAGAAUGGAGAGGAAAACUGCAGAGACGAGGAUGAAUGUGCCUCCCCACUACCUGGUUCAGAGGCCCUGUGUGCAGGUGUGGCAGUCAGAUCCUGCUCUUAAAGGAAGAAGGAUCCUGUGCCCGGACUAUGCACACAACAGAUGUGGCAUGUAUGCGAUGGCAGCUUUGAUACUUGUGGUUUUCAUUGCGUUACUGGGAAUUUUCCUCCACCAUCUCACCCGGAGUGGAGCUGCAGGCUGGCUCUGGAUCCAGAAGCCAGUGUUGCUGGUGUUCUCAUCCGAGCAGUCGGCCCAUGUUUCUGCUGCGUGUGCACUGGCCUCAUUUCUGCAGGGGGAGCUCAAUGCAACCGUGCACAUGGCUCUGUGGGCCCAGAGCUCACAGAAGCAAACCGGGGCCAGGACUGGGGUGGCAGACCUGGGCCCUCUUCCCUGGCUGUAUGGGCAGUGGGAAAACAUCCGUAAGGCUCAAGGAAAAGUGCUGAUAAUCUGGAGCCCAGAAGCCAAGACGACCUAUGAGAAAUGGGAGGAGAGGGAAACGCUGGAUAAGAAUGAGCGAAAGAAGGAAGAUGACGGCAAAAAUCAGGAUGUGGAAGAGGAUUAUAAACUAAAUGGAAAAAGACUGGCAAAAUGUAAGAAAGCCAAAGCUGCAGGAAAGGAAGAAUGUGUCAGACUAUGUGAUGAUGAGGACUGGUACCAGCAGACGGAGCCAUCUUCUGUGAUAGCACCAAUUUUUGCAGGUGCUCUGGCCCUCCUGCAGGGGUCGCUGCAGCAGUGCAGAGGUCAAGAAGUCGCCAUUGUCUAUUUCCAGGGCCUUGGCCACAGCAGGGACGUGCCGAAGGCCCUCCGAGGGGUCCCUCGGUACUGCUUACCGCAGGAUUUCAGUGGCUUGAUACAGGAGCUGGGAGGAAUGAGAAGAGGGACAACGAGUGGUAGGUUGAAGGUUCUCUGUUGGCCCAGACUCCUGUCCAAAGUGCAGUCGAUAUGGCUGGCACAGCAGCUCGCCCUCAGACUACAGACACUGCUGCCUCAGACACAAGGAAAGAAAACGCAAGGGCUGAGUGUCACAUCGUGAAAGUAAAAAGAUGUCGAAUGAAGACACCGCGUCGGCUCAAGUUGUCCAGAAACUGUCCGAAAGCGAGAGCGUCUUCGCGGGUCAGCGUGGAGAGCGGAGAGGCUUCACUCUCGAGUGUCGCAUGUCUUACGAAGGGGCAGACUGUUGUUCUGCUGGUAACGUGAUAUGUUCAUGAGAAACAGGAUCUGCCGUUCCAUUGUGAGCGUCUCAGAGACAGUCACUCGGCCACAACCGUUCAUUACUUGACAGCACAUCAUGACAAAAAAACACAAGGAUGUUGAGCCAAAGUUGUCCCAGGAUUUCCAGUGACUUGAGCUGAGGAGUGCUUAGAGCUCUACAUCUUUUUACGUACUUGUACAUACCUUUAACAAGUCUGCUACCUUUGCAUUUAGUGGGAUUCAUUGGAGACUCUGUUUUUCUGCAGCCCUGUAACUAAAUAUUGUGCACAUACUACCUCCCUAUAUGUGAGAGUGUAAAUCAGACCCUCUGCACCUCGUCGUUCAAAAAACAUUAUUAAAACAUGGAGGGAGAAAAAAGACGUGGCCGUCUGCCCCAAAGAGAGAGAGAGAGAAAACCCAGCGUGAUUCAAAUGUUUUUCAUCUGCAAAUAUACUGUACAGACGUUACCUCAAAAUCUCGGAGCAUUAGAGCUGGAAACCAUGACUAGGGGGACUUUCACAGAUCUUAUUUAAUUCUUAGGGAUUCAAUUUCAUUGCAGUUCAACUGUAAACUUUGUGCAAAGCGAACAUCAGACGGCGAACCCGGAUCUUUGCAGAAUCUACUCUAAAAUAUAAGUUCAGCAAAAUCUCUCCUCAGACUUUGGUUUUUAUUUCUUUUUCAGGAAAUUCUUUUGAGAUAUUUACAGUCUUGGUAUUAUACAUUUUUUGUAUGGCAUAUAUAUAUAUACAUAUAUAAAAACAUCUGAAGUGACAGAGCUGCUUGACAGCAUUAAUCCGGAAGUACAUUGUUACUUACAGUAGAAUUUUUGUUGUGAUUGAUCUGAUGUGACGCUGAGCUCACCUGCAGACAUUUCCUACUUUUACAGAACUCCCAUACAUGAUGUCGAUGAAAUGACAAUAGGGCAUAUUAAUACAAAGCUACAGUUAUAAAAUGGGAAGGAAAAAAAAGAUUUUAAGCAGCUAAUGCAGUCAGUUUGAUUUAAGGAAGUCUCUAUAAACUAGGUCAGUUUUUUUCACAUAGUUUCACACUGUAAAAAUAAAGAGUGGGAGAGUUUGUUCCAUGGUCUUAUGGUCACAGUGGAAACGCAGCAAAAUGCUGCAUUCAGUCGGAAAGACCCCAGAGAAUUGGCAUCUUUCCGACUGUACACUAAUGCACCGCAGGCACACAGCGAGCACAGGUUCCAGCUAUGCAAGUGUUCAGAUUAUAAGAGUGGAUUUAACUGACCUGUUCCCGUUGGGAGGAGAUUAAUGAUUAACCUGAAGCACAGAGUUAAUGGGGCAAAGUUGAAGAUAAAGAGUCACUGAUUAAAUUCCUGCAACAGCAGGUAAAUUGUUGAUUGUUGAUCGUCAUGUGCGGUUGAGCAAUACAUCAAGUUCCUCCUGGCCCAUGUUGUCAUUUUACUUUGACAGACAUUCUCAACAACAUGAUUUUUUCUCCCAUAGAUGAAUAAAAAGAUUUUGACGCAACUUC